CUUUCUCCAACAGCCUGUAGGAGCCUCUCUCUCCACUGCUGCUGCAAGAGACGGUGAGAGUGACCCACAGGACCCGGAGAGACCAUGAAGAGCCUGCUCCUUCUCUCCAUCCUGGCCGCCUUGGCCGUGGCAGCUCUGUGUUAUGAAUCUUAUGAAAGCUUGGAAUCCUAUGAAAUCGGUCCCUUCAUUAACAGGAGGAACGCUAAUACCUUCAUAUCCCCGCAGCAGAGAUGGAGAGCGAAAGUCCAAGAGAGAAUCCGAGAACGCAGCAAGCCUACCUAUGAGCUCAACCGGGAAGCCUGUGAUGACUACAGACUUUGCGAACGCUAUGCCAUGGUCUAUGGAUACAACGCUGCCUACAAUCGCUAUUUCCAGCAGCGCCCAGGGGGCAAAUGAGACGGGGGAAAGUCUCUUUCUUUCCAGAGCAUGGUGCCUGGUUUUGUAUUCCUUCGCAAUAGCAUCACUGAACUAUAUAGACAUAUACAAAUUGCUUGUUUAUUCAGUGUUCUUGUCUGGCUGCACCCCCCUUUACUGCCCCCAGAUGGAUAAGUAAUGAAAAGUGCAGUGAAGUGAAUGUCGAAGGGGAGUAAAGUUGUGUGAUUAUUACAUAAUAAACUUCUAGUUGGAUACUUUCA